AGUUGUCUUUUCAAAGGGCCAGGUGAUAAGAAAACGUCUCGAAAGUCAAGCUACAGAAACACGGUGUGCCUAUAGCAGUGCGCCGCAGAGACGCAUGAUGGCCACCGUAGCGUGCUCACUCCUCUUGGCGGCGAUGGUCGCACUCAGCGCCGCCGCCCCGGCUGACAAGGCAUCGGCACUCCUCGACGACGAAAAGUGGAUUGACAAGCCGUUAGAAGUGCUCAUGUUGGAAGAAGCAAAGGAGAAGAAAUUUGAAGAAGAAGAAGCUCUCGCCAAGAAAAGCGCCUUGGACAACGAUUGGACUGAAGACGUCGACGGGCAAAUGAUCAAGAAAGUUGUGAUGAAGGUUUUAAAGGAGCUCAAGAAUCCAUCAGGCGUAAAAGCUCAAGACACAAGAAACCUCCAAGAAACACGAACGCAAUGCGGCGGACUGUUCACGGAUCCGGAAGGCGAGUUUAUGUCACCAAACUACCCCGAGAAUUACGACAGUAGCCUGACCUGCACCUGGACCAUCACGCUGCCAAACGACAACUCCCGCGUGCUCUUGAACCUGGAAGACUUUAAGACGGAACGGGGGUACGACGUCGUCAAGUUUAUCGACGGAGACAGCAUAACGGCACCUGUCAUAAGGAGUGUUUCAGGCAAUGCAAGAGACCUAUCUACCAUCAUCAGUUCCGGUCCCAGCCUUACUAUUCUCUUCACGAGCGAUGAAAGUGUCACGGAGAAGGGGUUCUCAUUUUCGUACCAAGGGAUCAACUGUGGUGGUCAGGUAAUUGACACCAACGAACCAAUCACGAGUCCGGGAUUCGGAGUCUUGGAACGGUACCCGAACAACACGGACUGUGAGUGGGUCAUCCAAGUCAAAGUCGGGGCUACUGUCAAACUCACAUUCGACGAGUUUGAUCUCGAAGGACCGGAAUCAAAUUGUGCAUAUGAUUCCUUGCAGAUACGAGACGGGUCCAACAGCAAUGCCGAGAAGAUCGGAGACUACUGCGGUGACAGCCUUCAGGGGCAAACUGUCCGGUCCACAAGCAACACCCUCUACCUGAACUUCCACUCCGACAGAAGCGUCGCUGGUCGCGGGUUUUCGGCAAGCUUCAAGGCCGUCUGUACCGGUGAGUGUGCUCCGACAGAGCCCCCUCCAGAGACCGAAGAACCUCCGACAGAGGCACCUCCAGCGACCGAAGCCCCUCCAGCGACCGAAGCCCCUCCAGCGACCGAAGCCCCUCCAGCGACCGAAGCCCCUCCAGCGACAGAGGCCCCUCCAGCGACAGAUGCACCUCCAGUGACUGCACCCCCUCCAUUGGUGGAGUGCCCGCAGUACCAGUACGCCUGCCGGUCCGGCGAAUGUACACACCAGCGCUAUGAGUGCAACGGCACUCCUGACUGUCAGGACGGCAGUGACGAAGCACGCUGCUUUGAGUGUGAUCGACACAUCCACAAGCCGUUUUACGUCAUGCCGUACUACUGGGUGUGUGACGGACUGAACGACUGUGUUGAUGGGGCAGACGAGGCAGGGUGUGAAGGACCGCCAACUCCCCCUACUGUACUAGAAGCCCAUUGGGGAGAGUGGGGUGACUGGGGUGCUUGCUCUAAGGACUGUGAAGGCACCAGAAACCGGACCCGCGAGUGCGUCAGAUACGAAGAAGGACAGGAAUGCUCGGAAGGCUCUAAUGUUCAACAUGAGAUGUGUGGAUCGCCGGGACCUUGCACACCUGAACCAGAAAAUGACUGCGGCACCAGGAAGGUUGAGCAGGGCCGUGUGAGGAUCAUCAACGGAGAGGACGCCGUGAGGGGUUCGUGGCCGUGGAUCGCCCAGCUCGGGGUGACCUGGGGACAGAAACCGUUCUGUGGAGGAACACUGAUCGAUCGGGAGUGGGUCGUCACCGCGGCGCAUUGCUACCAUGACCCGAACGGACCACCAGACGUCAGUAAGUUCACGAUUCUUCUUGGGAAACAUCGUCUGAGGAGGGAUCCGAUGGAGGCCGGCGCUUUGCUGAUCAACCCAACGAAAAUCAUUCUGCACAGCGGUUACAGCAAUAAAACACUGGACAACGACAUUGCCUUGGUGAAGAUCCCAGCGGUUGAUGUAGACACAAAUGAUUAUGUCAACUCCGCCUGCCUAGAGGUCCCGGAUGUGUCUGGCACCACAUUCACGAAAGAUUCCACCUGUUUCACGCAGGGAUGGGGCGUCACUGAAAACAAUACCCAAGCUGACAUCCUUCAGGAAGCCCGAGUCCCCCUGAUAGAGAACUGCGCUGCUGAGUCGUCCUACCGAGAGUCUCACCUCACAGACAACAUGCUGUGCGCCGGUUACGUCAAUGGCGGAGUUGAUUCCUGUCAGGGAGACUCGGGUGGCCCACUGGUGUGUCAGGAGGAGACGUCCGGCCGUUGGCAGCUGGUGGGCAUUACGUCAUGGGGGUUCGGGUGUGCUGAUGACGGCUACCCAGGUGUCUACGCCCGCGUGGCCAACUACAUCGACUGGAUCAAGGAGAAGAUCGAAAAUAACUAGUGACGUCACGUGUCAAAGGUCACCAUCCGGGAACUUUGAGUUACCAAUCCGAACUCCGUGGCAUAUAGUCUUAUAAAUAGGUUACCUGGUAUUAUGUUUUUCUUUUACUUUACGAAUGCAUGUUUGUAUACAAGUUCUACUAGGCAGUUUCAGCGUUUAAGUACUAGAAAUUAUACAGAUUACAUAAUUUAGCUACAGACUUUAAGGUUUAUUCUAAUUUUACAGAUAUAGCAAAAUUUUGUAAAUGUUUUCCAUAGUGUGAAUUUCUGAGUUCAUUUAAUCUGGGUAGAGAUGCCAGAUCUUCCUAACAUAUCACGUUUCAUACUAAAUAGCAUGUAUUGCAUAGUCACUUUUGUUUUUUGUCAGAUAUUCUUUUUAAUCGCAUUUGAAUUAAAACUAUCUAGAGCAAA